AUGCCCAGGCUCAGCGCUGGCAGGGCGUCGGAUAUUUCCGAGAGCGUCGACCCUCUCGACCUCUUAGCCGCGCCGCCCAAGGACGAGACUAGCGCCGAGCGGGCUGUGCGCGAGGCCAAGGAGGCUGAAGCAAAGCGCGUCAGCGAUGCCAUCGACGACCAACUCAAGCAGGAGCGCGUAUCGCGCUCGAAGAAGAAGGCUCCGGUCAAGGUACUGCUCCUGGGUCAGAGCGAGAGUGGCAAGUCUACCAUCGUAAAGAACUUUCAAAUAGCCUACGCGCAUCAAGCGUGGUCUGAACAGCGCGCAUCAUGGCGAUCGGUCGUCUUUCUCAAUCUUGUCCGUUCUGUCAACGUCAUCCUGGAUAACCUUUCGCGCGAGAUGUCUCAACUCAAGUCAUCGAAUUCGCAGCAAGAGUUUAAUCUCCGGCUGGCGCACUUGAGCUCUGGGACGGAGCUUUCAGACUCAGAUUCGGACAUUCGCUCGAACGACUCUCCCCUUCAUCGACGAACCACGAGUCGCCCAGCAGUCGACAAGCCCUUGCCGUUCUCCGAGUACCACCGCCUUCUCCAGCUUCGUCUCGGUCCCCUGCGCCGUGUACAAGCCGACCUCGAGAGGCGGCUCUCUGUGCACGAAGAUGACAUCGACACCGUCACGAUAUCUCCUACGCCCUUCGUCGCCCUUGAACAAGCUGGUGCAGCGAAUAAGAGGCGAAGUCUCAAUCUGUCCGCUUCGCGAGAGUUCUUUGUACGCUCUCGAUCUGGCUGGAAAGGCGCGCUCGGAUGGGCGAAGGGAUUCUCGUCUGGAAAACCCAAAAAGGGACGAGAGAGGGACGGCGACGAUGCACUCGACGUACUGCUCGGCUGUAAAGACGAUAUCGUUGGUCUUUGGCAGGAUCCCCUCAUCCGCAAGAUGCUCCGCCGACGGCAAUUUGACAUCGAGGACACUCCCGGCUUCUUCCUCGACGAUGUGAGCCGCAUCAUCGACCCUAAUUAUGAGCCGUCAGACGCGGAUGUUGUUCGUGCCCGACUGCGCACACUUGGCGUUCAAGAGUAUCCCUUCACGUUCGAGAAGGCGCACCAUCAUCUCCUAGGAUCUCAGGUUGGGCGCGAAUGGGUGAUGUACGAUGUUGGCGGAGCGCGCUCGUGUCGCUCGGCCUGGUAUCCGUACUUCAUGGAUGUCAACGCCAUCAUCUUCUUAGCGCCCAUCUCCGUUUUCGACGAAUCGUUGGAUGAAGACCCUACCGUCAACAGGCUAGAAGACACAUAUCUACUGUGGAAAGCGGUCGUCUCUUCAAAACUGCUGUCUAAGGUUCAACUGAUCCUGUUCUUGAACAAGUGUGAUAUCCUGGAGCGGAAGCUCGAACGCGGCGCGUCCAUUACGAGAUUCAUCCCGACAUACGGCGACCGAGAUAAUGAUAUGCAAACUGCAGCGAAGUACUUCCGCAAGCAAUUCAAGGAUAUGCUCAAGAAAUAUUCCCCCGUACAACGGCAAUUUUUCUGUUACUUGACCACUGCUAUCGACACCAAGUCGACCAUGCAGACUCUCGCGGUCGUUCGUGAAGGCUUGAUGCGCGAACUUCUACAGAAGGCCGACCUCAUGCAACCUCUAUGA